AUGUCUCUCGAACCCAUCACACUCUGGGGCCACUCCUCCGGGCCCAAUCCCUGGAAGGUCGCGAUGAUCAUGGAGGAGCUCAACAUUCCCUAUGAGCACAAGCUCAUCGAUUUCCCUGACAUGAAAAAAGCACCCUUCGAGUCCAUCAACCCCAAUGGCCGCGUUCCCGCCAUCGAGGAUCCCAACACGGGCAUCUCCAUCUGGGAAUCAGGCGCCAUUAUCGAGUACCUCGUGGAAACAUAUGACAAGAAAAACACCAUCAGCUUCGCCGCCGGCUCGAAGGAAUACUACGAAACCAAGCAGUGGCUGUACUACCAGAUGUCCGGCCAGGGACCGUACUUCGGACAGGCUGUAUGGUUCACGCGCUAUCACGCCGAGAAGGUGCCAAGUGCGGUCGAGCGCUAUGUAAAUGAGAUCCGUCGUGUUUCGGGCGUGCUCAACGGUUUUCUCGAGAACAAGGAGUACCUGGUCGGCGGUAAGUACAGCUAUGCUGACGCCGCUUUUGUGCCGUGGUUCGGGGUGACGGCGCUCUGGCCGGAUAAGAUUAACCUAGAGACGGACUUCCCGCAUGUCAAUGCCUGGUUGAAACGUGUCAAGGCUCGGCCGGCUAUUGCCAAGGUCCUCGACGAUAAGGCUAAGGCCAUGGCUGCGGCGGCACAUUAG